CGCCCCAUCCGGAUUCUCGCCUUGAGUGCGUCCCUGUCGGAUGCCAAGGACGUUGGCCAAUGGCUCGGUGCGUCGCAGAGCAACAUUUUCAACUUCCACCCCAACGUGCGCCCCUUACCGCUGGAUUUGCAAGUCCGCGGCUUCAACAUUGCGCACACGGCAACCCGCCUCAUCAGCAUGGCCAAGACCGCCUACACGACCAUUGUCGAGCACUCGCCGUCCAAGCCCGUCCUUGUGUUUGCUCCGUCCCGGAAACAAACGCAAGCCACCGCGCUGGACUUGGUCAACUAUGCCGUGGCCGAAGGCAUUGCAGAAGCUCGCGCAGCUGCCGCCGCGGCCAUCAAGGCUGGCGGCAACGCGGCUGCCACUGCCGCUGCCGAGCCCCGGCGGCGCUUUUUGCACGUCACGCCCGACGCACUUGCCCCGCAUCUCGGCACCAUCACGAACGAGUUGCUGCGCGAGGCGUUGAGCAACGGCGUUGGCUUUUACCACGAAGGCCUGUCGAUGACCGAGCGCCAGACCGUUCGCGGACUGUACGAGGUCGGUGCCAUCCAAGUGCUCGUGGUGGUGCGUGAGUUGUGCUGGAGCCUCGGCUUGUCUGCCCGAUUGGUCAUCAUUUAUGACACGCAGUUCUACGAGGGCCGCGAGAAUCGCUACGUCAACUAUCCCGUGGCCGAUGUGCUGCAAAUGACUGGCGCCGCAAACUCGCCGUCGAGCGACUCUGGUGUUUGCGUGAUUCUCUGCCAAUCCACCAAAAAGGACUUUUUCAAGCGCUUUUUGCAAGACCCCCUGCCGGUCGAGUCCUACCUCAACCACUACCUGCACGACCACUUUAACGCCGAAAUUGUCACGCGCACCAUCGAGGACAAACAGGAUGCGGUCGACUACCUGACCUGGACGCUCAUGUACCGUCGCAUGACACAAAACCCCAACUUUUACUCGCUGACUGGUGUCACCAACCGCCACUUGUCAGACCACUUGUCAGAGCUGGUCGAAAACACGCUGAGUGACUUGCAGCAAUCCAAGUGUCUUGCCAUUGGCGAGGACGAAAACAGCAUCACGCCGCUCAAUCUGGGCAUCAUUGCCGCUUUCUACUCGAUCAACUAUGCGACCAUCGAGCUGUUUAGCACUUCGCUCACUGCCAAGACCAAGCUGAAGGGUCUGAUUGAGAUUGUUGCCUCUGCCGCCGAAUACGACCUGCUGCCCGUCCGCCACCGCGAAGAUGUUGUCCUGCGGCAGCUCUCGCAGCGCGUUCCCAACCGUCUGGCCAAUCCCCAGUUCAACGAGCCGCACGUCAAGGCCAACAUGCUGCUGCAGGCCCACUUUUCCCGCUUGCAGUUGCCUGCGGAGCUCCAGGGCGACCAGGAGACUGUUUUGCCAAAGGCCAUCCUGCUCAUCCAGGCUUGCGUCGAUGUUUUGAGCAGUUCGAGCUGGCUCAGCCCCGCCAUUGCUGCCAUGGAACUGUCUCAGAUGGUUGUCCAAGCCCAGUGGGACAAGGACUCUGUGCUCAAGCAGCUUCCGCACUUUACCAACGAGGUGGUGCAACGCUGCCAGGCUGCGGGCAUCAAGACCGUCUUUGAUGUCAUGGACAUGGAGGACGACCAGCGCAACGACCUUUUGCGCAUGAGCAACAAGCAAAUGGAGGCCGUUGCUGCCUUCUGCAAUCGCUAUCCCAACAUUGACCUCACGUUCGAGCUCGCGGAUGCAGAAAACCUUGUUGCUGGCGAACCCGCCUCGCUUUCCGUCAACCUCGAGCGCGUUGACGAGGAGAGCGACGACAUUGGCCCAGUCAUUGCUCCCUUCUACCCCGUCAAGAAGCCCGAGAGCUGGUGGGUGGUCUUGGGCGAUUCCGCGACCAACACGUUGCUCGCCAUCAAGCGCGUCACUCUGAAGCGUGCUGCCAAGCUCAAGCUGGAUUUCAAUGCACCCAGCAAUGGUGGCUCACACGUGCUCAAGCUCUCCUUCAUGUGCGACUCUUAUCUUGGCUGCGACCAAGAGUACGACGUGCCAGUUGUUGUUCGCCCGUCAGUUGAGACUGAGGAGUCUGCCAUGCAGAUUGAGUAG